CUUUACUAAAAAAAUUAUUUAAGAAAUAAGAUACAAAAAUGGUUGUGGUUAAAGUUGAAAAAAAUAAAGUUUCUCAAAAUGAGCAAGAAAAGACAUGGCCACAAAUUUACGCCGUGUUAAUAAGUACAAUGGUCGGAAUUACCAACGGACUAUUUUACGCAUGGGCAUCCCCAUUCAUGAUACAAAUAAUUAACGACAAGGUGAAUUACAACAUCACAGAAGAACAAGCAUCGUAUUUUAAUACAAUAAAUCCAAUAUUUACCGUUCUUAUCUGUCCGUUCUGUUCUAAACUUACUGAUAAUCUUGGUCGUAAGAAGACAAUAUUGCUGAUUGCAGUACCACAGAUAGCGGGUUGGCUGUGCGCCGCAUUUGCCAAGGAUGUUUACCUGUUCUAUAUAUCACGAGCUUUCGCGGGAAUUGCCGAUGGAAUAUUCUUUGCUGCUCUUCCUCCUUAUGUCGGAGAAAUAACGACACCUGAAGUAAGGGGAAAGUGGGGAAAUUGUCUUGCUGGCUCUUACUAUAUAGGAGAGUUUUCAAUUAACGUCAUAGGCAGUUACUUUGGGGUUGUAACAAGUUCCUACAUAUGUUUGCCAUUGCCUAUUAUAUUCUUCAUUUUGUUUUCAAUGAUACCCGAAUCUCCUUAUUAUCUAUUAAUCAAAGGCAAAGAAGAAGAAGCAAAAAAGUCCAUAAUAUAUUUUAGAGGAGACAAAAAUAUUGACCAAAAUUUAAAUCAACUCAAACACGAUGUUCAGCGACAAAUGUCAGAAUCAGGAACAUGGAAAGAUUUGUUUGCAAUAAAAAGUAAUAGGAAGGCUUUGUUAGCUGCAUCUUUUUUGCGAUUUACACAACACACGUCUGGUCUUUGUAUUUUAGUAUCAUUUUCACAGUUUAUUUUCCAAAAAUCUGGAGGAAACUUAAGUAACAUUGAAAAAUAUAAAUGUUCGAAAAAUGAGCAGGAAAAGACAUGGCCACAAAUUUACGCCAUAUUAAUAAGUACAAUGGCCGGAAUUACUAACGGACAACUUUACGCAUGGACAUCCCCAUUCAUGGUAAAAAUAGUUAAUGACAAGGUGAAUUUUAACAUCACAGAAGAAGAGGCAUCUUAUUUUAAUACAAUAAAUCCAAUAUUCACUCUACUCAUUUGUCCGUUCUGUUCUAAACUUAUUGAUAAUCUUGGUCGUAAGAAGGCAAUAUUGCUGAUGACAGUACCGCAGAUAGCUGGCUGGCUGUGUACCGCAUUUGCCAAGGAUGUUUACCUGUUUUAUGUGUCGCGAGCCUUCUCGGGAAUUGCCGAUGGAAUAUUCUUUACAGCUCUACCUCCCUAUGUCGGAGAAAUAACAACUCCUGCAGUAAGGGGCAAAUGGGGCAAUCUUCUUGCAGGUUCUUACUACAUAGGAGAGUUUUUAAUUAACAUCAUAGGCAGCUACUUUGGAGUCGUGACAAGUUCUUAUAUAUGUUUGCCCUUGUCUAUUAUAUUUUUCAUUUUGUUUUCAAUGAUACCCGAAUCUCCUUAUUUUCUAUUAAUAAAGGGCAAGGAAGGGAAAGCUAAACAGUCUUUAAUAUAUUUUAGAGGGGACAAAAAUAUUGACGAAAAUUUAAAUCAACUAAAGCACGAUGUUCAGCGACAAAUGUCAGAAUCAGGAACAUGGAGGGAUUUGUUCACAGUAAAAAGUAAUAGGAAAGCUUUAUUGGCAGCAGCUUUUUUGCGAUUUACGCAACAAACGUCUGGGUUUUGUAUUUUUAUAACAUAUACACAGUUUAUUUUUCAAAAAGCUGGAGGAAAUUUAAGUCAUGAGUUGUCUUCUAUAAUAUACACAGGCGUUCAAGUGACUUUAAACUUUAUCGUACUGGCGUUUAUCAUACACAGAUUUGGACGGAGGGGCUGCUAUAUGACCAGCACUGGCGCUAAUGGUAUAGUACUAUUUCUCAUGGCAACCUAUUUUUACCUCAAUGAUUUUACUAACAUCGAUGUUUCCAGUUUUAACUGGUUUCCGGUGGUUAGCACGGUUGUAUUUCAAAUGUUUGCUUCAUUUGGCAUAAAUGUUAUUCCCACUCUUAUGUUAAGUGAACUUUUUUCAGUCAGUAUUAAAACUAAAGCAAUGGUCUUGGUUGUCCUAGUUUUUGGGAUAGUUAGCGGGCUUGUUAAUUAUUUGUUUUAUUUAAUCAAUGAAUGGGCUGGAUUUUUUGCUCCUUUCUAUGUAUUUGCAGCCUGUAACAUUCUAGCUGCAAUAAUAGCCUAUUUUAUAUUACCAGAAACAAAGGGUAAGACGCUAGAAGAUAUUCAGCAAUCGUUGAAGAAUAACAAAAUAUAUUAGAAAUAAGUAUUAUUAUCGACAUUAGGAUAUUUUUAGUCUGUGAUAAAUUAUUAAGUACAAUAG